AUCAAACCUUUACUUAAAAAGCCCACUCUAGAUCCAGAUGUUUUAGCCAACUAUAGACCAAUUUCCAACCUCCCAUUUCUCUCUAAAAUUCUGGAAAGAACAGUUGCAAAUCAAUUAUAUGAACAUUUACAAAGGAAUAGCCUGUUUGAAGAGUUUCAGUCAGGCUUCAGAGUGCAUCAUAGCACAGAAACAGCUCUGGUGAAAGUUACUAAUGACCUUUCUCAUAGCGUCAGAUAAUGGACUGGUCUCUAUACUUAUUUUAUUGGACCUUAGUGCAGCAUUCGAUACAAUCGACCACAAACUUUUAUUACAGCGACUAGAACAUUCUAUUGGCAUUAAAGGGACAGCACUGGACUGGUUUAAAUCCUACUUAUCAGACAGGUUCCAGUUUGUGCAUGUCAACAAUGACUCUUCUGAGCAUACUAGGGUUAAUCAUGGAGUUCCUCAGGGGUUCUGUCUUAGGACCAAUACUGUUCACAUUAUACAUGCUUCCCUUAGGCAACAUUAUUAGGAAGCACUGUAUUAAUUUCCAUUGUUAUGCUGACGACACUCAAUUGUAUUUAUCUAUGAAGCCAAAUGAAACUAAUCAGCUAGCUAGACUGCAAGAUUGUCUUAAGGACAUAAAGACCUGGAUGACCUAUAAUUUCUUACUACUAAAUUCAGACAAGACUGAAGUCAUUGUAUUUGGCCCCAAACAUCUUAGAGAAUUGCUUUCAAAGCAUAUAGUUACUCUGGAUGGCAUUACAUUGGCCUCCAGUACUACUGUGAGGAACCUCGGUGUUAUCUUUGACCAGGACAUGUCCUUUAACUCGCACAUAAAACAAAUCUGUAGGACUUCCUUUUUCCACCUGAGAAAUAUUGUGAAAAUCAGGAACAUCCUGUCUCAGAGUGAUGCAGAAAAACUAGUCCAUGCAUUUGUUACUUCUAGGCUUGACUACUGUAAUUCCUUAUUAUCAGGUUGUCCCAAUAGCUCUCUGAAACAUCUACAGCUGAUCCAAAACGCUGCAGCCAGAGUACUGACGGGAGUUAGCAAGAGAGAUCAUAUUUCUCCUAUAUUGGUUUCUCUUCAUUGGCUCCCUGUUAAAUCUAGAAUAGAAUUCAAAAUCCUUCUUCUGACAUAUAAAGCUCUUAACAAACAGUCUCCGUCAUAUCUUAAAGACCUGAUAGUACCAUAUUACCCUAGCAGAACUCUUCGCUUUCAGACUGCAGGCUUACUUGUUGUUCCUAGAAUCUCUAAAAGUAGAAUGGGAGGCAGAGCCUUCAGUUAUCAGGCACCUCUCCUGUGGAACCAGCUCCCAGUUUGGGUUCGGGAGGCGGACACCCUCUCUAUUUUUAAGACCAGGAUUAAAACCUUCCUUUUCGACAAAGCUUAUAGUUAGGGCUGACUGGGUGACCCUGACGGGGUGAGCUGGUGUUUUCAUUUGCACAACUGACUUCCCCUCUUGACGUCCCUUUAGUUUGCCCCUAGUUAUGCUGCUAUAGGCCUAGGCUGCUGGGGAACCUCUCUGGAUGCACUGAGCCCUUCUCUAACUACCUAUGUAUUUACUAUAUAUAUCAUUAUUGCAUUACAUUCACUCUGUUUCUUUCUGUGUCCUUUCUCCGAGUGUCCCUGGUCCCAGAGCUGGAUGCUGGAUGCUUCAGAUGUGUGGCUGUGUUUUAUGGUCCUUGUGUCCCACCCCCCCACCUCUCUAUCUCUACCCCUCUAUCUGUAUCCCUCUAUCUCUACCUCUACCCCUCUAUCUCUACCUCUCUACUUCUUCUGUCCCUCUCAACCCGCCCGGCCAGCAGGCAGAUGGGUCCCCCCACAUUAGAGCCGGGUUCUGCUCGAGGUUUUUUUCCCUGUUAAAAGGGUGUUUUCCUUGCCACUGUCGCCUUUUGGCUUGCUCUGGGGGUCAGGCAUAUGGGUUCUGUAAAGCGUCUCGAGACAAUUUGACUGUAAUUGGUGCUAUAUAAAUAAAAUUGAAUUGA